GCUUCCGGUGGCGGAUUGUUGACGCCUGCGGCAGCUGCGGUGGCGAUCAGGCCGUUGGGGAGGGGCCCUCCAGGGAGGGAGACCGCGCAGUGACAGGUACUGCCGGGGUGCCGCAGAGGCGACGAUGGCAGAGGGGCCGGAGGAAACCCGAGGCCGCCCUCCCGGGCAGGAUGACGGCGGAGGGGACCACAAACCCAACCCUUCCCUGAGAGGCCCUCCCGCCGCCGCCGCCGCACACCCCCGAGACGGGCCGCAGGCCGAACCCCAGACCCCGGGCGGGCCCCCAGCCCCGGGCCUCGUGCCCGCUGAGUUGUGUGAGCCGCCGCGCGGCCCGGGAAAGCGCGAGGAGGAGACCUCCGGCCCUGGCGCGGGGUUGCAGGAGCCCACCGGCUGCGAGGCGCCCGAGGCCGCGGCUUCGCGGGAGAGGCCGGCACGGCUGAGCGCCCGCGAGUACUCACGGCAGGUGCACGAGUGGCUGUGGCAGUCCUACUGCGGCUACCUCACCUGGCACAACGGCCUCGCCGCCUUCCCCGCCUAUUGCAACCCCCAGCUGCCCCCACCGAGCUAUCCCUCCGGCGGCGCUGUCUCUUCCCCGCAAGCUGCGGCGCCGCCGCUCCCGCAGCUGGGCUAUUACAACCCAUUCUACUUCCUGAGCGCCGCGGCCACCGGUCCUGACCCCGGGGCUACUACCGGCCUCACCACCCCGGCUCCAGUCGCCGGCCUGGGACCCCGGGCUCCUCACCUGCAAGGAUCCGUCAGGGCAACUCCAGUGGCGAGAGUAGGAUCCGCUGCCCCCUCACGGACCCCGAGCGAGACCGGGCGGCAGGCAGGCAGAGAGUAUGUUAUUCCAUCCUUGGCUCACAGAUUUAUGGCAGAGAUGGUGGAUUUCUUUAUCCUGUUCUUUAUAAAAGCAACCAUUGUCUUAAGUAUUAUGCACCUCAGUGGAAUAAAGGAUAUCUCUAAGUUUGCUAUGCAUUAUAUAAUAGAAGAAAUAGAUGAAGACACAUCAAUGGAAGACUUGCAGAAAAUGAUGGUUGUGGCUCUUAUAUACAGAUUAUUAGUUUGUUUCUAUGAGAUAAUUUGCAUUUGGGGAGCAGGUGGAGCCACCCCAGGGAAGUUCCUGCUAGGGCUUCGAGUUGUGACAUGUGAUACGUCAGUGCUUAUUGCACCAAGUCGGGUUUUAGUGAUUCCUUCCUCAAAUGUUAGCAUUACAACGUCCACUAUACGAGCUUUGAUCAAGAAUUUUUCUAUUGCUUCUUUUUUCCCUGCUUUCAUCACACUGCUGUUUUUUCAGCAUAAUCGAACAGCCUAUGACAUUGUGGCAGGAACCAUUGUGGUAAAAAGAAAUGGGGUCAGAUGAUGUCCCCAGAAGCCCUGAAUUCCACACUCUGGAAUAGUGACAAGACUAAAUUAUGUACCGAGGCCAUCAGUAUCCUUGGAUCACAUUAAUUGAUGAUUUAGAAAUUAAAGCAGUCGCUCCAGUGUGAUGCAGGUGACUAUUCUGAAAGUAUUGAUUUUACUUGAAUGCCAAAGAACUUUCCAGAAGAAAAAUGGUACUUGUUAAAUUAAAGUGUUAAGAUUUUUAGAUGAAACAGAAAGUAGUUGGUUUCAUAAUCAACAAUGGACAAUAUAUACUUCCUUAAUCGCUAAAGCAUUAGAAUUUGCUGGAAGCAUUUUCAGCUUUGAAAUCUCCAAUGAAAUUUCUAAAAUUUAUUUUGGUUUUUUCCCAAAAUGAUGGAAAAUGUUCAGUUUGUGUUUUGUAAACACCUACAUAAUUCAUCUUUUAGUUAACACUUCUUGAGGAAAUUGUCUUUAUUUUGGCAGGGAGUGAGGGGGUGGAUACAUUUAUUUGAUGAUCCACUUAUUUCCCAUCUCAGGAGGUGGUGAGUUCAGCUGUAACACAGAGGGGCAAGUAAGACAAGCCUAGCAGUUCCCUUACCUGAAGUUUAAAAAUCUGUACUGCAGUUUACUUUGGGAAUGAUGUAACUUUACUACUAUUCUUAGUAUGUUUAAACAUAUAUUUGGGGGCAAGUUUUGCAUGAUGAUGAAAACUAUUAAGUUGUAAUGCUGUCUUAUUAUUGAUUUUUUUUUUAAAGAAAAAGUAAGUUAGUGACUGCUUUUAAUGGAGGAGAGGGGGAGUCAAGUUUCACUGUAAAUUUAACUUAAAAUUCAUGUGCAAGUGUUUUCACUGCCCUAAAUCAAACUAUAAAUAUAUGGGGAAAAAUUACAUCCAUGUAUUUACUGUAAAACAAUAUCCCCAGUAUGUGUGCAGCAUGAAGAAAGUAUUAGUGCUUUUCAGUGUUUUGAAUAUGAGUGUAACUUCUCUUUAUACACAGGAUAUUCACACACUAGUUUCCCUUUAUAUUUCAUAGUUCCACGACUACUGAAACAUCAAACAGAGAAUCUUACUAUUUAAUGAUUAACUUUAAAUAGUAGCCUGUGAAAUAUUUGCAGUUUUCCCAUUUUGAACUCUAAAACAAGGGAGUAUCAUUUCCAGACAUUCUAAGUUCAUUUGGUUCUGUAUGCCAAAAGCUCGCUUUAGGCCUCCUAGGGAUAAAGUUUGGGGGGAAAUUUGUUAAACAAAGUAAUACGUUGUGUAUUGUCAUUUUAAUUUAUUAUUCCAUUGAAACAGAGCUGUGGGGUUUGUGUGUGUGUGUGCUUUUGUUAUCUGUGUUAAGAUAUACUAGAACUCUUCAUAGUUUAAGUUUUAUUUCUAAGGCAUUUUCUCCAGCUCUGGUAUUUUCCUUAAAAACACUAAACCGUAUUGGACAGUUCAUAAUUAAAUUGUUUUAGGAGUCAAUCUAGGCUUUGUUCUUGGUCUUAAAUCUAAUAGCAAAUGCAAGAUGCAUCUAUAUUAUCACUGUAUCAAUUUUUUAAGUGUUUUACUUUGACUUUUAAAAAUGUGAAGAGAGAUUCACAUUUGAUGUUUAUGGAAACUAACAAUAUCCUUAGACCUUUUUAUUGUAAAAUUUCAUAAACCAUGUUUUUCACAAUUUUAUAUUAAAUCCAACUUCACAGAAAGCCUAUUAAGUGUGUCAAAUUACUAAAUCAGUCAUUCACACUUGUGGCCUCUGGGAAGAUAAAUAACUUAAGUGUUACAAGGUCCUUAUACUUUAAAAAAAAAAUAGAAAUUAGGAAAUGCUACAUAAAUUUAGCAUUUGGUAGUGUAUAAAUUAGCAUGGGUGCAUACACUUUUGCCAUUGAUUAGGGAAUUGAGCUCCCUGACUGAAGGACAUCUUUGAUUUGUAAUUCCCUCUUGGAUAAAUGAAUGGUACACCAUUUAGGCCAUUUUUAUUUAUGUAGUAAAACAGGAACAAACAAGUAGUCCAAUUUAAUUUGUUAUACUUCCGUAUUACAAAUUUGCUAUAUAUGAGUCAUUCAGGUUAGUAUCUAUGUAGGUUCAUUCACAUCCAACUUUGGAUUCAAGUGUAUUAGCAACUGAAAUAUACAGAAGUAUGUCUACCUUUGCAGCAAAAUCCAAGUUUGUUUCUAUUUGUGAAUUUAACACUUGGUAAUGAGAAUUUAAUUUCCAAAGAGCUGACAAAAUGACAGAACAUGGGAGAAGUAGAAACCAGGCCUUGGUGCCACAUUUUUUUUCCUGGGGUGGGGGGAGGGAACUCCUUUUCAAAAUGCUUUUCUAUUUAACAUUUUGCAUUAACAAUUACUGAUGUUCUGUGUCAAAGUAUAAUUCUCAUGCUGAAGCUCUAGCCUAGAACAGCAAAAGAAAGUUGUUUUCAUAGAUGUACAAGCAUAACGUCACUUUUACAAGAUAAGUAAUAAGGGAACAAUGUUUAGGAGUGAAGCUGAGUAUUAUUUCAGUGAGCAUGCCCUAAGUUAAAACCUGUACAUAGGACCCCAGAAUUGGCAGUUAACUUAGGCAUCACAGAGUCUCAGAGAACCUAUCACUAAGAGUAGCUGGGUGGCCUGAGAAAAGAGUGGCUACAAAGCUAAGUAAUGUUCAUGUUGGAGACAGAGCUGUGCCCAAAUAGACAAGUGUGAAUGGACUGCAAGCCUUGCUUUUAGACUACUGUGACUAUGGAAUAAAACCCAGCAACUUUUGCAUAGUAACUUGCCAUUGGCCAGUAUUAUAAAAAAGUAUUGCCCAACUGAUAACUGGUUUAGUAGCUACCUCUUUCUGCUUAAUUUUAACUUUUUACCUUCCAAUUUCACCCAAAUAUCUGAGAUUGGAAAAAAUGCAUUAGAGUCUUCACUGUUUCAGAUGACAGUAAAAAUUGUUUUACCUCCUACUUUAAAAAAAAAAAAAGUUUCCUUCAGCGACUCAUUUGGGUGUUUCACUUAUGCGUGAGCAUUUCCAUAAAGGGAAGGUAGAAAGGAGUUGAAAAUUAGACUACUUGCUACUUGGAAAUAAAGGGCUUUUUUAACAGCCCUUUAUUUACUGGAUAGGGUUAUUAAAAUUUCUCAUUCUACCUUGUCCUUAAUGAAACAGACUGUUAUUUCUUUUGAAGAAUAUGCCUAAGUGACAGCAGUAUUCCUAAAAUUUUACAGCUUGAAAAAAAUGUCAUUUCAGUUAUUGGUGGGUUCACACACACACACACACCCUUCCUCUAAUACCACACACACACACACUCACACACACACCCUUCCUCUAAUACCACACACACACACACACACAAUCA